CUACUAUUGCCAAGCAUCUGCUGUAUCUCUGCAAUUAUGGUGUCCUUCACUCAACUCGCCCUCGCGGUCUCCGCCAUUGCCGGCUCCUUAGCUGCUCCCGUUGCUGACGCCGACGCGCCUGACUUCGAGCUCACUGCCUCUACCAAGCAUCUCGCACUCGCGCCCCGCCAAGACUACAACCAGAACUACAAGACGGGUGGCAGUGUCAAUUAUUCGCCUACGAGCAACGGAUAUUCGGUCACCUUCUCCGGUGCUGGGGAUUUCGUUGUCGGAAAGGGCUGGAAGACUGGAUCGGCCAGUGCUGAAGUCCUGCGCAGGAAUAUCAACUUUAGCGGCUCUACUACUGCGUCCGCGGGCACCGUUCUCGUCUCCGUCUACGGCUGGACCACUAACCCGCUUGUCGAGUACUAUAUCCAAGAAUAUAGCAACGGGCAGGGCGCCGCGCAGGGCUCGAAAGUCGGCACCGUGACGAGCGACGGAUCCACGUAUGACAUCUGGAAGCACCAGCAGGUCAACCAGCCCUCGAUCCAGGGCACCUCCACCUUCUGGCAGUACAUUUCUGUGCGCCAGAACAAGCGCCCGGGCGGCGGCACUGUGACGACGAAGAACCACUUUGAUGCCUGGGCUAAGCUCGGCAUGAACCUCGGCACCCACAACUAUCAAACCAUCUCGACGGAGGGCUGGGGCAAUGCUGGCGGUAACUCGAAGUAUACCGUCAGCGGUUAAGCGCAUUCGCUGGAUUGGAUGGGCG